AGACUUGUUGGGGUUGCCUUUUAUAUCGUUGAUAAUAAAAAAAACCUGUUCGUUAAAAACUACUACCAAAUUAUCAAAUCAUUUUUUGUUUAAAUGACUAUUGAUUUUUUCAGUAUUUGUUAUCUCAACAUUGUUGUAUAGAUAUUUAUUUUACCAAAUAUACUUAUAUUCGUACCAAUUCGUUGGACAUGAUGAUGACUCGAUUAUUUCUCUGGCUAAACAAUAAUUAUAACUUUAUAAAUAAAUAGCUCUGAGAAAUUUGUCAGUAUUCGAAAAGUGGUAGAGCAAGCAAGUAUGGAACGUUGGCAAAAUAAAGUAGCUGUGGUAACGGGUGCCGGUUCAGGCAUAGGUGCCGCCACUUCUAAAGUUCUCGUGGAUGAAGGCAUGAUUGUUGUAGGUUUUGACAUACGUUUGGAUAGCAUGGAAACGAAAGUUAAGCCUACAAUGGCAGCUGAUAAACAGCACAAUUUCCAUUAUUACAAAUGUAAUGUGGGAGACGAGGAGAGUGUUAAGGAGGCUUUUAAAUGGGUGGAAGAGCAAUUUGGUGGCGUAGAUGUUUUAAUUAAUAACGCUGGUCUUAUAAGAACAAGCAGUAUAUUGGCUGAGAACAAUUCACAAGAUCUUAAAGAUAUUAUUAAUGUUAAUGUAAUGGGUGUUGCUUGGUGUACACGAGAAGCAUUUCAUUCAAUGAAAAAACGUCAAGUCGAUGGUCAUGUUAUUCUCAUUAACAGUCUAGCUGGACACAAAGUUCCACUUUUGCCUGGUAUGAGUUUUAGCAUUUAUUCACCCUCGAAACAUGCUGUUACUGCCAUGACUGAGGUAUUUAGGCAAGAAUUUAAAGCUGAAAAGACUAAAAUUAAAGUAACUAGCAUUAGUCCAGGUGGUGUUAAUACCAAUAUAAUGGGCAAGGAUUACACAAUGCCUGAUGAUAUACCCAUUUUACAACCUGAAGAUUUGGCUGAUGCUAUUUUGUUUAGUUUAAAAACCCCACCUCAUGUACAAAUUCAUGAAUUAACUAUUAGGUCGGUGGGUGAAUUAGUUUAAUGUUUAUUUAUUAUUUAUAUUACAAUUCUUUUUAAGGAAUUAGAAAAUUGUUUGUUAAAAAAA